CGUGGGCGCACUCGGCGGCCUCCCCGCCGUCGCCGACGCGGUUCGGAGGAGGGAAUGGUGCCCAUACCGCUACCCCUCGCCCAUUUCCCCCAUAUAAUUCGAAUGAGGAAAAGACUUUUUGUGUAAACUACUCUUGAAGAGUCCUCCUGUGGAUGGACAUGCCCGACUUAACCCGAUCGCUGCCACUGAAUAUCUUUCGACCACGAGCCUGGCCGUCUCGACGGCAGGAGGCUCCGGAGAGCACGCGCGCAAGCACGGAGCCCCCGGACGUCCGUGGCGGGGCGGCCUCGCCGCCGGCGCCAGGCCCCUCUUCCUGCACGCCGCCCCUCCGCGCGCGUCGCGCGACUGGGAGCGGUGCGGGGAGCGGGCCUGUCAAGCAGAAGGAGGAGGGGGAGGAGGAGGAGGAGGAGGAGGAGGAGGAGGAGGAGCGAGGCCCACACCGAGAGCGCCAACGAGGGCCGGGCGCCCCCCCAAGGGUCACGGAGCCCCCCGGGGGCCCGGAUCGCAGAUCCGCUCGGGCGCCAGCGGAGAAGCCGCCAGCGGACGUCCGAAGCUCGGUGUCUGCGCGGCGCCCGGGCCUCCCGGAUGAUCUUGGUCUUGACGGGUCCGACCGGCUCCUCGUCGUCCGCGGCCAUGGCGGGAGGCCCCGGCAAGCGGACAGCGGCGAGGAGAGGCCGGUGCCGACCGAGGAAGGCGGGGCCAGUGCCGCAGGCAGGCAAAAGGCCCGCCCCCUGGAGCCCGCUGCUGCGCU